GGCUAGAAUCGGCGUGCAUGAAUACGGUUCAUUUUAUUGUUGUCGCACGCACGGAAAUUAGCGGCAGCGUGUGUCAGUUGUACUUGUUGUCUGGCGCCUUCUUACCCAUUGCAUUUACUGCGCAUUUGGUUCAACAAAAUGGUUAUAUUAACCAGCUUUCCCCCGCCCGCUGAGGGGAUUCGACACCGUGAAGAAGCUACGGAAGCAUUCAUACAAAGCCGCCAGCUUGGAAAAGGCACUUUGUUUAUAGCUGAAAGCCGAUUAUCCUGGGUUGGCGAAAAUAACACCGGCUUUUCAUUGGAAUAUCCUUCGGUGGCACUGCAUGCUGUAUCCAGAGAUCUCACAUCUUUUCCACAAGAGUGCUUGUACUUGAUGAUAGACGGUGACUUGGAUGAAGCAGAGCCGUUGGCAAAUGAGAACAGUGACAAUGAAAACAAUACCGAUGACCCCAUCUCAUCAGAGAUUCGAUUUGUCCCAGAAAAUAAAUCAAGCCUGGAUGCCAUGUAUAAGGCGAUGUCGGAAUGCCAAGCGCUGCAUCCUGAUCCAACAGACUCCAUUUCUGAGGAAGAAGAAGGCUGCUACGAUGACGCGGAUGACGAUGAUGAGGAAGAUGAAGGAGCCGAAUAUGACGUAAGAGCAGCAGAACAGUCACGUGGCUUUGGCAAUGAAGAUGGAGAAGGAGACGGUGAAUGGGCGGCAAAUGGAAAGGCCCCCGACGAGCCAAUGGAAAUUGGGCAGUUCGACGAUGCUGAACCGGAACACUAAACUGCGGUCAUCUCAAAAACUUGUUUUUGUACUUUCGUUCCAUUACAUGUAUUUAUUCCUGUUGUAAACUGUUUCAGCGUUUCUUUAUCCAUUCUUUUUAUUUAAGGACAGUGACUGUGUUUGGACAUAAGAGCGCAACACAUUUGCGCUGAUCUAUAGAUAGAUAUCCACGUGGCAUUCAUUUUGUUACUGGGCCAGCUGCUGGCUUCUCAAUGUGAAAGGCAACUUACUAGGAGAGGGCAAGAAAGCGUACAAUUGCUUGUGUAUAGAAUCUGUUGAUAGAGUUGAUCUUGUUUCUUCUUACUGACCAAUUUGGUUAUUUGAGUACGCUGUGUUACCUAUUUCAUGACACACACACACACAUGAGGAAUGUCGUAUCCUUGCGUAGGAUUUCAACGUAAAAUUUUGUGAAGUCGCUGUGAGCAGUUGACCCAUGCAACCGAAGUUAUUACAGCAGAUGUCCAUUAAUUUGGUUCCAGUUAAUUUUUCGUUGAAGAUGACUGCAUGAAAAGCGACUGCACACUGCAUUACAUGCCUUAACAUUAGCAAAACAACAAAAUGGUUAUAUGCCUAGAGUACGCUGAAUGAAAUUGCUCUCAUGCGCAUACACCUUCAUGGCCGCAAUACGAAAUUACGCAGCGUCUCUAGCUCUGGAAUCCGAUUAUCAUCUCAAACGCAAAAUAUGCAGGAAAAAAAAAAAAUAAUAAUAAAGCUUGCAUCGAGAACCAAUAGAACAACACUUUCAAGCAUAGCAGUAAACAGUUACGCUUUUACUGUGCCAUGUUGCACUACUUCUACGUAGCUCAUCUUUACAUUUGUCUGUAUAUAUAUUGAGGUCUGUGCUGACCAGUGUGGCAUUUUUCAGCACUGUCGCUCGUGAUUAAAUAUUAAGAACGUGCUGCCCACAGGUACUCUGCAGAUUGUGUCGGAGAAAAAAACGACUGAGCAUGUUGUUACUCUCAUCAUUCCCUUUGCUCGCUUGGCUCUCAGGUAUGAAAAAAAGUGCAAGAAGAAGCAGAAUAGAGAGGUCAGGUCUGGGGCCCUGGUUGCAGUCCUGUACGGACCAGUGUCUUCUUCCCAGGAAAGCAACUGAUUGGGCACAGAAGUAGUGCAGGAUAACUUGAAAGACAUGGUCGCUUAUUUCGUAACUUUGGCACACUGUAUUAUACUUCCAUUGCAAACAUGACAAUAAACAAAGCUUCCACAGCA